CUCCAAAUGAAACAUUUUUAUUUUUAGUAGACACUUUUUUGUCUUAUCGUUUUAAACUACACUAAUUUAUUGUGCAUAUACAAUUUCCAUACAGUGCACACAAUUAUAAUGGAUAUGAGCUCUAAUAUUUGAAGUAUAAACAAGGAUAAUCUUUCUUAUUUUACGUGUGUACGUUAUUAGUUGUGCAAACGUAGUGAUCAGUUGAAACAAAAUAUUUGAUAUCUCUAUGAAGAUAAUAGGCACCUUUUGAAGGUGAUUUAAUUGAAGUGGAAUGACUGCAUCUACUAUCAAUAACAUUUAGAUGCUGUUUUCGACCAGCGUUAAGAAAAAGUAGCUGAAAAAAAUAUGAAAUUCGCAGAACAUUUAGCUGCUCAUAUUACACCAGAAUGGAGGAAACAAUACAUAAAUUACGAGGAAAUGAAAGCUAUGCUUUAUAUGGCUGUGGAAGAGGCGCCUUCAGCAGAAAGUGUGGAGCCGGAGAUCCUGCAACGUCACUUCGCCAACUUCGACGAGCAGUUUUUCCAAUACUGCGACAAAGAACUAAAAAAGAUCAACACAUUUUACGCUGAAAAGUUAGCAGAGGCGCACAGAAAGUUCGCGAACUUAUACAGCGAACUCAAAGAUUCGUUGAUGAACAACAUGGGUACACAAAAGAAGCACGCUGUUGGCGAAAAGAAGAUUCCAUCGAGGAAGUUGCAAGAAUUGAAGUUGGCAUUCAGUGAGUUCUAUCUCAGCCUUAUUUUGCUGCAGAAUUACCAGACGUUGAAUUAUACUGGCUUUAGGAAGAUUCUCAAGAAACAUGAUAAGUUGCUGAAUUCAAAUUUUGGAGCAAAAUGGAGGGAAGAGCACGUGGAAACAUCGCACUUUUUCACAAAUAAAGACAUCGAUAAGCUAAUCAAAGACACUGAAGAUGCUGUGACUAAUGAACUGGAAGGUGGUGAUAGGCCUAAAGCGAUGAAAAGACUUAGAGUUCCGCCAUUAGGAGAGCAACAGUCCCCUUGGACUACUUUUAAAGUCGGACUUUUCUCUGGAUCUUUUAUUGUACUACUUAUAGCUGUUGUUUUAUCUGCCAUAUUCCAUGAAGGAUCCACAGAAAAUUUGAAAGUUGCCUUCAGGUUAUACAGAGGCCCUCUACUAUUCAUAGAGUUCCUAUUUCUCAUAGGUGUCAAUGUAUAUGGUUGGAGAUCAUCAGGUGUUAACCAUGUAUUGAUUUUCGAACUGGACCCCAGAAAUCAUCUUUCUGAGCAACACCUGAUGGAACUUGCAGCAAUAUUUGGUGUAGUAUGGACUUUAAGUAUCUUGAACUUCUUGUACAGUGCAAGUCUGAGCAUUCCGCCUUACGUGAGCCCUCUGGCAUUAGUUAUUGUGAUGUUGGCCUUUUUAUUCAACCCAUUGAAGGUGUUUAGACACGAUGCAAGGUUCUGGUUUUUACGAAUAUGUGGUAGAAUGUUUGGUGCACCCUUUUUUCAUGUGGGCUUUGCUGAUUUCUGGCUGGCAGAUCAACUGAAUAGUUUUGUGACAGCCUUGUUAGAUUUUCAGUUUUUGGUAUGUUUUUACCUCACUAAUGGCAACUGGUUGGAGGCAGGAGAUACGUCAAUGUGCAUGGAGAAAAAUUUCAUUAUCAGACCAAUUGUAAACUGUAUCCCUGCUUGGCUGCGAUUUGCCCAGUGUUUGAGGAGAUAUUAUGAUACGAGAGAAGCUUUUCCACAUUUGGUUAAUGCUGGAAAAUAUGCAUCAACAUUUUUCGUUGUGAUCUUUGGAACAUUGCGAGCCGUUUACAAAGAUGAUUAUAAAUCAUUUGCUGACAAUCCAUAUGUUUUUCUGUGGAUUGUUGCGCAGAUAAUCAGUUCUUCAUACGCCUAUACGUGGGACAUAAAAAUGGACUGGGGUUUGCUAGACAAAUCAGCUGGAGAGAAUAAGUUCUUGAGGGAAGAGAUAGUUUACUCUUCUACGUGUUUCUAUUACUUUGCAAUAAUCGAAGACUUCAUGUUGCGAUUCAUCUGGGUGCUAUCCGUGUACCUGACAGAAGCGGGAUACAUCGGCAGCGAUAUAAUGACCUCCGUAUUAGCUCCUCUGGAGGUCUUCCGCAGGUUCGUGUGGAACUUCUUCCGAUUGGAGAACGAACAUUUGAACAACUGCGGUAAGUUCAGAGCCGUGAGGGACAUUUCGGUAGCUCCAAUCGACUCCUCGGAUCAGAUGCAGAUCAUUAGGAUGAUGGAUGAAGAAGAUGGCGUUGUGAAUAGAGGAAAGAAGAAGCAACCAAAAAAGAAAGAAGAGAAGAGGCCUUUGCUGACUGAUGAAGCCAUAACUUUCAAGACUGUACCUAUCACCAUACAAUCGUGAUUCGAGUAAGCCAUCGAAUUUUUUACAGAGUAUGUUUCUGAGUGAUCAAAGAAAUUUGUUCCUAUCGUAUAUUAUACAGGGCAUUUCAGUAUUCUGUGUUAUUCUAAAAUUUACGUCCUGAUCCAAACAGGGGAUUCAAAAUUUAGAGAGGAUAGAGGGAGCCCUAUGACUAAUUUAUAAUACUGGCAUUUCACUAAUACAGCCUUUUGUAAUACAGUAUAUAUCCGCCAUGCUUAAAUGUUAAUUGUCUAAGCACAUUGAUGUUGCUUCAAUGUAGUAUGCAAUUUAUGUUACCGCAAAUUCAGGAGAAUGUGAACAUUCACUGAUACAUAUCACUAUUCACGGAAUAAUUUUUUAUAUACGUAUAUGCCAUACAUGCGCCAGAAAUAUUAUUGAAAUAUGAAUAUCUACUUAUAAACAAUAAAACAAUCUAAAUCACUUUAACACUAUUGUAACAUUAAUGUUGUGAGGGCUUUGAUUUGACUUCGGAACCGAAUAUAUUCCAUGUAUACACGCACAUAAGUCAGUUAUUGCCAUCAGUAUGUUACGUCUUACAUUACACAACUUCAGCAUCAUAUAUUGUAAAUGACUACACUGGCUCCCCUAGUGGCGCAUCUUGACGUCUGUCUCGAUACCCCGUCUCCCGGUUUACCAAAAGGUACACCUCUGGACGAGCAGCUCUGAGCCAAUGUUGCCGUUCACACUGAUUCACACUGCUUGAGUUAUAUGUUGUAACACACAUCAUACAUAAUCUAUUUGGAUGUUGGGAUAUUUCAUUCACGUACGCUUCGGUUUAUAUCAGAGCUUAGUUAAAAACCGUGAAAUUCUUGAUAAGUUAUAACAUUUAGUUAGUCUUUGGAAUGUCAAAUUAUUGGGUUAUUAGGGAUGCUGGUCACACUUGAAAGACCAGUCAAAGUGGUGCAUUCUGCCAAAUUCUUGAAUCAAUCCACUAAUUGACCUGUCAAUCCCAAGCGCUCCCUGCGAUCAGAACUUUGUUUACAAUAUAUAUAUAUAUAUAUAUAUAUAUAUAUAUAUAUAUAUAUAUAUAUAUAUAUAUAUAUGAGACUCUUUUGAAACGGCCAACCUAUAUUCGAGAAAUGUUUAUGUACUUACUGUGUAAUGGUUCUCUUGACAACGACCAAAUAUGCUACGUAUCAGGUAUUUAGUAAAAUAUCUGUGUAAGGAGUUUGUAAUAAUAGGUAAAUUUUUAAUACGUUACUUUUGCCGUUGAAAAUUCGUCUGUGGAAUGCAAAGCUGUUAUGUCGCAAUGUUUUCCUUUUUGAGGCAAGUAAUGAUAUUUGUAUCUGCAGAAAUAUCAUAGAUCUCAUAAUAUAAAAAACACUAUGCCAACACAAGAAACAACAAUCUAUAGAGAUAUAUUAGUACAUAUAAGUUACAUUCAACAAUCCAAAUAAAGUUUGUGCAUAAAAAGUUUUGCAUUUGGGCGACUUGAUAUUACCCAUGAUGUAGUUAUAUAUUAUACAUAAUUUGUAUCUCCCAUGUUAGAAUUUUUGUUAUUCUAAUGUAAUGUAGAGAUGUCCCCUUUUAUACCAUGUAUAAUGUUAUAUACCUUUCCUAUUAUAUUUUGUAUAUUCGAUUUAUUUAUAUACAUUCCUACAGGAAAUAGUGCAUAAGAAAAACGCAGCAUGUAUUUUAUGAAAACAG